AACUUUAAAUUUAAAUAUAUAAAAAAUAUCAAAUUGAAAAUAUUUUAAUAAAAAAAAAUGGAAACAAUUCCGCAGUGUAGCGCAUGUGUUGACCUAGUAAACUGCAAAAUGGUUAACUCGAUAUGGGAACAUACAUAAAUGCAAUCGAUUAAUGUACUUUAUAAUAUAAGAUAGAUAUAUCAAUUAUACAUCUAAAUGUAAUAUCCUUACUACGAAAACAAACUAUACAAUACUCCUCUAAUAUCUAUCCUUACUGAAAAUUCUAGACAAUGAACAAAAUUAUUCCACGUAAAUAUAAAGUUAAAUUUAUAUGAUGUUUUGUUUUAAUAAGAAAAUAGAUUAAUAGGUUAGUUAUUUUUAUUGUUAUGAUAAAUGGUAUAUGUCAAUUCUAAUAGGACCAUUAAAACAACUUAAAAUGACAAGUUGACAACUUUUUAUAGUAGAUAAAAAUAAGACUCUAAGUUAAUAGAUUAGAUUUCCUCAUGAAACCAAUAUUCAAUACCAGAUUUUUUCAUGCAUCCAUCUUUUAAGACAAAUAUAAUUUUCUCCUAACACUCCUUUGGUUAUAAAUACGCAAAAUAUUACCUUACAUUCUCCAUCUGUAACGCAAUCUAAAAGCUUCUCGGAAACGAAAAAUACCCUUGAAAUAUAAGCAGUUAUCUUGAGAACAUGGCUCUUGGUAUGUUUUUUUAUUGUUUAUUGCUUAUACUUCUGCUGUAGUUACGAUAAAAGUUGCUGAAGCAUUUUCUAGGAUAUAUAUUCAAGUUUGUAACUGACUAUAUAAUGAAUUUGUGUCUUGUGAAAAUAUUCACAGAUGGUAAUGGGAUUGCAUAUGGAGUCACUAGGCUUGUUCGUCCUAGAGGAACCCACAAAGCCACUAUAGUUUGGUUGCACGACAUCGGGGAAAAUGGCGACGACUCAGCUCGGUUUGUCAGAGAGUUGAAUCUUCCAAAUAUUAAAUGGAUUUGUCCUACUGCUCCUAGACGUCCCGUUUCUCGCUUGGGUGGAGCGGUAACCACUGCUUGGUGCGACGUCACACAAGUUUCUGAAAACAUGGAAGAUGAUUUGGCUUCUAUCAAUACUACAUGUGUGUUAGUGACUAACCUUUUGGCUGGUGAACCUGCUCAUGUCAUGAAAGGAGUAGGAGGUAUCGGCCUGGGUGCAGCGCAAGGUCUCUACUUUGCGAGUGGUUAUGUGGCUGGAGGUAUGGGUGAUAUGGCCCUAAACGCUGUUGUAGGGAUCAACGGCUGGCUACCUGCCUGGACAAACUUCCUGUACCAUAUUGAUUCCCUCACUGUGUCUGGAACUCUUGCUGCAUCGUUACCAAUAUUACUUACAAAUGAAAAUUCUAUGGUUCCCUUCCAAUUUGGAUGGCUAAGUGAACAAUCCCUUAGUAGGGCUGGAAUUCCAGUCACGUUCAGACCAAACGAUGGGUCUAAAACUUCACUUUGUUUUGGCUUUAGUUUCCAUUUGACCUUAUUUUCUGAAACUGAUUUUGGGGGUUAUGCCAAAUAUGUGCAGGAGGGAUCCUACAGCUAUUGGAAAUUGGCUCAAAACAUACCUCCAGCUCUAGGACUAACGCUAGAAUUCUCGUAAAGGAAGAAACUGGAGAGGAAACACUAUGCACAAAAUUUUAGCAAAAAAAAAAAAACAAAACACUAUCGUACAUUAUAAAAUAUUUUAAAAUACUAUUUCUUUCUUUGGCCUUUGCUAUUCGUAAUCAUUAGUGGAUAUAUUCUAAGCUAUAAUAUUUUACAA